CCCGCUCUUUGUAACGUGGAAGAUCGGUCGAGAUAAACGAUUGCGUGGAUGCAUAGGUACUUUUUCCGCCAUGAACCUGCAUUCAGGACUCAGGGAGUACACUCUUACUAGUGCCCUUAAAGAUAGUCGUUUCCCCCCAAUGACGAGGGAUGAGCUGCCACGGCUUUUCUGCUCAGUGUCUCUACUCACUAACUUUGAAGAUGUAUGUGACUACAUGGACUGGGAGGUGGGUGUACAUGGCAUUAGAAUAGAAUUCAUCAAUGAAAAAGGAUCAAAACGCACCGCCACCUACUUACCGGAGGUUGCAAAGGAGCAAGGAUGGGACCACAUUCAAACCAUAGAUUCCUUAUUGAGGAAAGGAGGCUACAAAGCUCCGAUCACAAAUGAAUUCAGGAAAACAAUAAAGCUAACCAGGUACCGUAGUGAGAAGAUGACGAUGAGCUACACAGAAUACCUUGCCCAUCGUCAGCAUCAUCACUACCAAAAUGGUAUUGGGCACCCCCUUCCACCGUACAACCAUUAUUCCUGA